UGCUACAACCUGGGUUUCACUGUCUCCCAUUGUCUCUGCUCUUGGAAUAUUUUCUAAAAUAUAUUUUUUACAAAUAUUUUAUUAAGAGAAUAAUUUCCGAAGAGAAGAGACAAUGGGUUCCAGAUUCAAUAAAAGCCUUCUUGUCAUCCUAUGCCUCUCUUCUCUUCUAUCUACCAAUGCCGUCCCUUCAACUCGCAUAAUCGAUUUCAUUUCCACAAGAUUCCCAGCUGCAGGUCACAAAAGUCACGUCAUUGAUUACAUUUCGACAAGUGUCCCAGCUGUAGCCCCUUCAAGCCGCCAUAUUGAUUACAUUUCGACAAGUGUCCCAGCUGCAGCCCCUUCAAGCCGCGUUAUUGCCUCUGGUGACAACCUGCCAGACAGUAACGGUAUUCUAGAUCAAGCUUCACAGUCUGGUGCCACUAUGCUAGGAGCCUUUGCAUCCAGAGCUGCGGAACGACUCAAUCCAGAGAUCAUGAAAUUAUGUGUCGAUGGUGAGAACGUACCUCUUUGCGUUGAAACCAUAUUGAAACACAUGAAAGGUCCUUUUGAUCCCCUCAAGGCCCUUGAGAUUGCGGUUGAUGCCACCCUCGUCCAAGCCAAGACCGUAGCUGGUACCAUUCAAAAGUUGCUUAAAGACCCUAGCACCGAUAAAAGGGCCCUUGAUGCCCUUGGCAUAUGUAAUACAGAAUAUGAUGAUAUGUUGGAUACAAUCAAGGAGGCAGUGGAUUUACUUCAACAACAAAAUGUUGUUGAUGCUUAUUACAAGAUCAGUGCUGUGAUAUCAUUAAAAGGUACAUGUGAUGAUGCUUUUGUGGAGUCUCCUGGUGUUGAGAUGCCAUUUUCUCAGGAUUCUGCAACUCUAUUUCAGUUGAGCGGUAAUUGUUUGGGCAUCAUGAACGAGUUAGUUAAUCACGUCAGACUUUAAAUUAUUUAGUUCAUGAAAUGGGAGAAGGGAGGUGGUGACUGGGGAGGCUAUAAAAUCAUUAGUAACUAUAUUUUGUGCCAUUUUCAUAUGGUAAUGUAUUAAUGGUUUUAUAUACCCAUUAUCAUAACCAUAUAUAUAUUGAUAAUAACAAUUUUUCAUGCCUAUAUUGUGAAUCCUAUUUUAAUGAUCUCAAUAAGGGCAGAGUAUGUUUUGGCAAGAAUGGGUAACCAUUCCUAUUAAACACUAGUAUGGUAACGUGUAACUUUCAAGUUUCACGUUCGUGCUAGAUCAAUAUAAUCAUUUUAUCAA